UCAAGGAAUGCAAACGUUCUGUAGCGCCUGUAACAGAACUUUGGAAAACGAAACGAUAUCAAUUAAGAGACCACAGAUAAAAAUUUCAUUAUCAUUUCUCGUUAUCGUUGCCACACACGCACACGCAGCCGAGCCCGUGGUUCGACCGCACGCGCCGAAGAGGAGCACCAGGCAUUUUUGCGGUUUGGGCUACCAACAACUUUCACAUUUUUGCUGCACGACCGAGGACCUGCACCAGCAUCCAUCGGCGCGACUUUUUUUUUUGAAAUUCCGCAUCAACGUCAUCAGAUCCUUCUCCUAGCGCCAGGGCCAGACCCGCCACAGCUGUGGGCUUUUCAUCUGAUCAGAUCUUCACGACCAGGUGCGAGUCCUUCCACCAUCUUUCGGCCGCUAGGCUGUUUCAUCUUCUGGUUCCGGAAGCAUCGCUGCGAGUCGAGAAGCAGUUGGAUCAACAAGUUUGUCAGACAUUGCAGCAAAGAGAAGAGCAGGUAAAAUCGAAGUACCCAACGCCACUGACCUUAUUCCGGACACAGAAAUCAGAAAAAGUUGUGCUUGCUUCCCUGCAAGAACAUUGCUACUCAAAACAACAACUACUUUUAGCCGAAUAGUCGUCCGACAUCCACAACACUAGAAGACGAGAAACGAAACCGGUACGGCGCCAGCUUGAGCAAACGCCUCUCGCCUGCGGCACGUAUUCUUGUCAUCGCGAAGUUCUGGGUUUUAUCCAUCUUCUUGAACAAAAAGACAACUACAAGAAGGGGGUAAAGUCGUGCAACUCGUCAAUUUCAUUUGAAGAAUCCGGCUUUUAGCACUACGCGAAUCAAUUCCAGGAAGGCCGCAAGUACUCCAGUCAAAGGCUAAAGACGGUGGAGGUAGUACAGCAAGCCGUCUAGCAGAGGAAAAACCCUGAACCAGCACAGCUGCGGUGCAAAAAGCAACUCGCGCAGAAGUGCGUUCUCUCUUUGUGCCUCUGCUUAUCGAGCUCCUUCUUCCGUGCACGGAUUGCGGCAGCGGCAGGAGUUGUUCCCUGCAGAAGAGAAUUACCCAAGCCGCGCCGAAAAGGUAGCCAGCAGCACAUAGCGACGCAUCCGUGCUACAGCUCCUUUGAAAAUGACGAACCAACCGGUGCACCGCGAUGCGGUGUAUGACACUUCGAUGUCCUCGCUGCUGACACCUGUAUCACUCAUUGAAUACGGCUUGCGAAGAGAAGGUAAGUAUUGGCUGCUUUUUUAUGCCAAUCGUUCUUUUUUUGAUUGUGAUACAUAGCAUGAGCACCGUGCAGCUGAAAUCAACAACGUCGCAGGUCCAGCAGGUGGUCUAUGCACCAAAAUGAAAACCCUUUCUCUUUCGGAUUAAAAACAGCAUUUGGCGAGGGUAUGCUGGCUAUCACUGAUGAAGGCGUGCUAACAGCCGGAGCCGCACAGAAGUACCCAGCGAGACAAAAGGCUUUUCUCGAAUACAGGAGAUCACUGCCAUCGGUAAUAAAUCUUUUUUCAGACAAUAUUCCUACUUCCACACUUCUGCUUUCGCUGCGCGCUACUGCACUCUGUGAUGAUGUUGCGACCUCACGACACAAAUAUACUUACUGCUUUGACUUGAAGAACAUUGUUCAAUGAACAAAAAUUUGAAUUACACACCUCAGCUGCAAACUCGGCUAAGGCAGAUCGCACCGCCACGAGAAAUCGCAAACCCACCGCUGACACCCUCUGCGGCGCCCCUCUACCCACCGUCAAGAUGGCAGGAUGCACAGGUUUUGAUGCUUUUCUGUAUUGGAUAGAGGCUUACUUUUGUCUGUCACCUAUCAACGUUCGUCGUGAUGAUCUUUUCUUCCGUUGUGAUUCGCAGGGCGUGUAAUGAAAAAUUCAGAUACCUGGUAACGUUGGCGUCUCGCACAAAAGGAAGGGCUCAAACUACAGUCUCCACGGAAAUCUGGGUACUGGGAAUCCCUACUCCAGUUACGUCUUCAAAGCGGGGAACCGCGAGGACACAGUGUUUUCAGACACGUUGAUAAACCGGGCGGAGAAGCGAGUCACGAACGUAAGGGAUUUUUUGGAAUAAUUUUUCCUGAAAUACUUUAAAACAUGCACAUUUUUGCUCAACAUGAUCAUCUCCGUCUCGCCCGUUUUCUCAGAGUUAGCCGAACGGCCAUGAUAAGUUACUCAUAUGGUCUCCCACUCUAGGAUUCAAAUACGUAACAGGAAGAGCGCAAGAUUCUGCGAGCGCAAAUUGCGUACGCACUCCGGCGGGUAAAGCAUUUGACGAGCCAGCAACGGGUGCGCCAGUACCAGGGCAUUCUCGAAAAGUACUUCAUUCAGCACUUCCAUAUGAAUCGUGCGCUGAAAACCGAGUUUUUCGCUGCCGAAUCCUUCGCAGAAACCCUUUGCAGAGAAAUCGUGGAUGAAGUGCUCGUAUCAACGAUUUUUCUUUCUUCUUCCUGUUGAGCAUGAUCUUGAUCGGUAUGCAUAGCGAUGCCCUCGUCCUCCGGUGGAUUCAUGAUGAAUCGCUGCUGAAAAUGUGCAUAUGAUGUCAUUCGGAAAAUGAGAUGAAGUAAGUUAUUUGCUCUUUCUACACGUCGUCUGAUUUACUUCUGGACAAUUUUCAGGUGAAGAAGACCGCACUGAAGGAGAAGCUGUUUGCCAUGCGGAAAGCCAAUAGUGUGCAAUCUAUCCCGGCGUUGGAAGAGCUUUUCAAGGAGCAACGAGGCUUGUCGGAAAUCGAGAAGCGAAUCCAAGAAAUAAAAGACGCGGAUCUGACGGACCCCGUAACAGACGCCGGGCAGUUGACAAGAGGUACAAAGAUGAGCUGUCGUGGUUGUUUUUUUCGUUGCUGAACACGUUUUUUGCUUGCUUCGUGCAGCUCUUUUGCGUAAAUUUAUGCGAAAAGGCUCUCCUACACAAAACUUAUACUCACAUCAGGGCGCCUCGACUACUACCGCUGGGACUUCGACAACGCCAUUAAGGCGGAUCCACCAACCAUGCAACCGAAGGAGGAUUUCAUCGAUGGUUUUCAAGCGGGGAGGCAGGCUCUGAUUGACGACAUCGCCGCCCGCCUCCGGCCAGGCCGCGAGUCGCGCUCCAAGUCCAUGUCCACUCGGCCGAUAAAGUAGGGCUUGUGCUGUGCGGGAGGUUAAUAUCCUACUUUAUCGCGACGGCGACAUUAAGUUUACCAAAUCCAAAUCGAAUCAUUGCCAAAAACCUUAAUAGUAGUACAUUCACAAUUAUCACCCAAUAUCUUUGACGUUUAACAAUCACAAUUAACAGAAAGUCUUCACACAGGUCGAUCAUCUAAUAGUUCUCGCUGAAUCCCUCGGCAGAUGAAGAUGCCUGUGGCAGACUGACUGUCCUUUUGGACAGUUUUUACGUUUAGGAUCACAGUCCGCCGUUUGUCGUAUGUGUUUACGCAAGAGCGGCAUUGUGAAGACCGUGAGCUCCUGUACACCUUGAAACAGAAGUAAUGUCGAUGAUGUGCUCAUGCGGUUUUCUAGAAUUUGGAAAGAAUGCACCUGCUAAUCCUUCUAAUCGUGUUCCGCUGUAUAAUAUCGAAGAAGCAGCAAGGCAACCAGAAAGAAAAUCAGAAUAAC